AUGCAUGGUAUUAAAAGAAGACAAUGGACUGAAGAACUUCUUAAACAGAAGAAGUUACAAGAUCAAAAAAAGAUCAGUGAAUAUAGAGAUCUUACCAAAACUGUUUUAGAUAAAAAACGUAAGGAGAUAUAUACUUUGGAGACAUUUGAUUUGACCACCCAGGUACUGAAGAUAAAUCCUGAGUUCAAUUCUGUUUGGAAUUAUAGGAGGGAUAUUAUUAAUUCUUUAAGAGAUGGACUAGCUAUUGAAUCGUGGGAAGAUGAAUUGAAUUUCACCAUGGCUCAAAUGAAAGUAUUUCCAAAAGUGUAUUGGAUUUGGAACCAUAGAGUUUGGAUUCUUAAUAAUUACCCCAAUUCACCACUGAAGAUUUGGCAAAGGGAAUUAGUUAUUGCCAGUAAAGUGCUUGAAAUGGAUGCAAGAAAUUAUCACGCAUGGCAUUAUAGAAGAAUAAUUGUUAAUGAAAUUGAAAAAAUCAGUGGUAAAAGUAUGGAUAAGUCAGAACUAGAAUAUACCACUUUGAAUAUUAAUCAAAAUAUAUCAAAUUUUUCGAGUUGGCAUCAAAGAGCUAAAUUAUUGCCAAGAAUGUUUAGUACCGAUGAGGUAAUGGAUAAGAAGAAGUUUAUUAAUGAUGAAGUAUCUUAUAUUACAAAUGCGAUGUUUACUGAUGCUGAAGAUCAAUCUGUUUGGUUAUACAUUAAAUGGUUUAUAAAAAAUGAAAUUGUUUCCAAGACUUUAUCUGGAGAUGAAUAUCAGAAAAUGCUUAAAGAUUUGAAAAAUAAUAUACUUGCUAUAAAUGAGGAUGAAGUUGAAUUCUCUGGAGUUCAAAAUAAUUGGUGUUUAAAAAUAUUGAUAGUAAUUGAAGAUAUAGAAACGUCUUUAGGAAUAACGAAUACUUCCAAUAAAACAGAGUAUAUUGAGCAAUUGAUAGAGGCUGAUCCGCUAAGGAAAAAUAGAUACAUGCAUUUGCUAAAUAAGCACUAA